AUGGCCUCCGCGGCCAACCCCGGCCAGGGCGGCUCCGCGCCGCCGCCCGUCGUCCAGCGCGGCAUCGUCAAGAUGCCCGGCAUUGCCCCGCAGCCCGGCUCCCCGCGCCGCCCCGGGGCGCUGCCGCAGGAGGAGCUUUGGUGCCGGUGCUCCCGCUCCCUGCCGGCCCCGGAGCCUCGCGGUGCGCCGGCAGCGGGGCCGUCCCGCGGGUGCCGCACGUGCUCCGCUCGCUGCCCGUGCCGGGGCAUCCCCGGGGCGGGAUGCCCCAGCCCCGCUCGGGUCCCCGCGGGACAGCGCGGGGAUGGCGUCCCCCCGUCCCUCCGGGGUCCCCGGGAAGGGUCCCCGUCCCCGCGGCAGGGCCCCACGUGUGCCGGCAGCGGGGCCCGGGAGAGCGAAGCGCGUCAUGUUCCCACCUCCGGCCGCGCUCCCGCCCACCCGCCGGUGCUGCAGCGGGAGCGCGCCCGGGAGCGCGCCCCGAGCCGUGCCAGAGCCCAUCCCGCUCCCUUCCUGCCCCGGAGCCGCCGGGAAGGAGCCCUCGGGGCACCCCCGGGAGCCGGGGCCGCUCCAGCCCCGCGCUCGCCGCGGUUUCGGGGGGCUGCAGCCCGCCCGGGACCCCUCUGGGGGUGUUCUCCCCACGAGGGAGGAGCGGGUUCCCGGGGGAGGAGGGGGCUGCUCCCCCGCCCUGCCCGGGACCCCCGGCUCAGGGCGCCUCUCUCCCCGCAGCCCUGGGGCUUCCCGGCGCGGGAGUUCCUGCGCAAGAAGCUGAUCGGGAAGGAGGUGUGCUUCACCGUGGAGUACAAGACCCCGCAGGGCCGCGAGUACGGCAUGGUCUACCUGGGCAAAGACACCAGUGGUGAGAACAUUGCCGAGUCCCUGGUGGCUGAAGGACUGGCUUCCCGGCGGGAGGGCAUCCGAGCCAACAACCCCGAGCAGAGCCGGCUGGCCGAGCUGGAGGAGCAGGCCCGCAGCGCCAAGAAGGGCAUGUGGAGCGAGGGCUCGGGCGCGCACACCGUGCGCGACCUCAAGUACACCCUGGAGAACCCCCGGCACUUCGUGGACUCCCUGCACCAGAAACCCGUCAACGCCCGGGCCCUCUCCUGCUCCCCACAGAACGGGAACAUCACGGAGCUGCUGCUGAAGGAGGGCUUUGCCCGCUGUGUGGAUUGGUCCAUCGCCGUCUACACCCGUGGCGCCGACAAACUGCGCGCGGCCGAGAGGUUUGCCAAGGAGCGCAAGCUGAGGAUCUGGAGGGAUUACGUGGCCCCCACGGCAAACCUGGAUCAGAAGGACAAACAGUUUGUGGCCAAGGUGAUGCAGGUGCUCAACGCCGACGCCAUCGUGGUGAAGCUCAACUCGGGGGACCACAAAACCAUUCACCUGUCCAGCAUCCGGCCACCGCGGCUCGAGGGGGACAGCGCCCAGGACAAGAACAGGAAGCUGAGGCCCCUCUAUGACAUUCCCUACAUGUUCGAGGCCCGGGAAUUCCUGCGCAAGAAGCUCAUCGGGAAGAAGGUGAACGUUUCCGUGGAUUACAUCCGCCCUGCCAGCAGCGCCACCGACACGGUGCCGGCCUUCUCGGAGCGCACCUGCGCCACCGUCUCCAUCGGCGGCAUCAACAUCGCGGAGGCGCUGGUCAGCAAGGGCCUGGCCACGGUGCUGCGCUACCGGCAGGACGACGACCAGCGCUCGGCGCACUACGACGAGCUGCUGGCGGCCGAGGCCCGGGCCAUCAAGAACGGGAAGGGGCUGCACAGCAAGAAGGAGGUGCCGAUCCACAGGGUGGCCGACAUCUCCGGGGACACGCAGAAGGCGAAGCAGUUCCUGCCGUUCCUGCAGCGCGCCGGCCGCUCCGAGGCCGUGGUGGAAUACGUGUUCAGCGGCUCCCGCCUGAAGCUCUUCCUGCCCAAGGAAACCUGCCUGAUCACCUUCCUGCUCGCAGGUAUCGAGUGCCCGCGGGGAGCCCGGAACGUGCCGGGGCUGGCGCAGGAGGGGGAGCCCUUCAGCGAGGAGGCCACGCUCUUCACCAAGGAGCUCGUGAUGCAGAGGGAGGUUGAGGUGGAGGUGGAGAGCAUGGACAAGGCCGGGAAUUUCAUCGGGUGGCUGCACAUCGAGGGCGUGAACCUGUCGGUGGCGCUGGUGGAGCAGGCGCUGUCCCGCGUGCACUUCACGGCCGAGCGCAGCCCCUACUGCAAGGCCCUGCUGGCCGCCCAGGACGCGGCCAAGCAGAGGAAGGAGAAGGUGUGGUCGCACUACGAGGAGACGCCGGUGGAGGAGGUGGUGCCGGUGCUGGAGGAGAAGGAGCGCACGGCCAACUACAAACCCGUGUUCGUCACCGAGAUCACCGACGACCUCCACUUCUACGUGCAGGACGUGGAGACAGGAGCCCAGCUGGAGAAGCUGAUGGAGAACAUGCGCGCCGAGGUGGGCGCCCACCCGCCCGUGGAGGGCUCCUUCGUCCCGCGCCGCGGCGACUUCUGCAUCGCCAAGUUUGUCGACGGGGAAUGGUACCGUGCCCGGGUGGAGAAGGUGGAGUCAGGUGGCAAAGUGCACAUUUUCUACAUUGACUACGGCAACAAGGAGACGCUGCCCCCGAGCCGCCUGGCCCCGCUUCCGCCGGCGUUCUCUCCGCGGGUGCUGCCGCCCCAGGCCACCGAGUACACCUUUGCCUUCAUCCAGGUGCCGCAGGACGAGGAGGCGCGCGCGGACGCCGUGGACAGCGUGGUGAGGGACAUCCAGAACACGCAGUGCCUGCUCAACGUGGAGCACCUGGGCCCCGGCUGCCCCCACGUCACCCUGCAGUUCGCCGACUCCAAGAGCGACGUGGGGCUGGGGCUGGUCAAGGAGGGGCUGGUGAUGGUGGAGCCCCGCAAGGAGAGGCAGUUCCAGAAAGUGGUGGGUGCUGGGGGGCACAGCCCCCCAAAUCCUGGCCUGUAUUUAAAGCUGCAGAGGCCCAAUAAACCGGACCCCCAGGCCGCCCCCAGAGAUCUGGAAAGGUCUGUGCCACUCACGGCCACUGUCACCGCCACCGUCCCCUUGCGGUCGCCCACGGCUGCUGGCACCGCUCAAGGGCCCUCUGCGUCCCCCCCCGGCCCCCUCUGA